AUUGAUGAAAAUUUUAACUUUUUUCUAAAACGAAGGUUAAAACUUAAAUUGCGAUUUCUCUUCCGAAUUAAUUGAAAUUUAUGUGGUACAAGUUGAUUUUUCAAUUAUGAGUAAGUUCUGGAAAACCUACGAACGAUUUUUGAGAGCUUUAGGCUUCGAUAAAUUCGGAAAUUUCGUUGCUAUCAUCGACCACAAUGGAGGCGUCGUAAAUUCCGCCUAUAAACUUUGGAGAUUCGAUACUUUGAAGAAAGGAGAGCUGGUUGGGAUGGACGAAUUCGGAAAUAAAUACUACCAUAAUAAGAAUUAUUUCAUUUGUCGUAGUCGUUGGGUUGAACAUGCAGAUUAUUUCGGUUUGAAUUACGAUGCUACGCAUAUUCCUCCACAGUGGCAUGGUUGGCUACAUUACAAAACUGAUUAUCUUCCUCAUGAGGAUCCCCAUAGACCAAAUUAUCCAUGGUCUUUACAAGCUAGUGAAAAUCUAACUGGUACCACAGAUGCCUACAUGGCUUACUCUACAACUAAACCAAAAAUACAAUUGUGGAAACCAAAAUCGAAAUCUACAUAGUUUUUUCAUUGUAAUACAUACUGAAAUUUGUAAAUAGAAUAUGUUAGAAUCGUUGAUUAUUUGAAUAUGUUUCUUAAUUGUUAUUUUAAAUUACCUACUGAUUAUUAGAUGCAUCAACUGAGUAGCUCUUGGAAGUUUAAUCUGUUUAUGUGUUACGUUUGAAAAAGAUGAAUAUUGUGUAUGCGACAAACGUUCAGAUUUUUCUUUUUUGCUAAUUAUCUCGAUCUUGUGCAUUAAAAAAACGCCGUAUCUCAUUAUGUAAUGCAAAUAUCUUUGUAAAAUAGAGAAUUCUUCGAUUA